CACGAGGCGGCCGUGAGCGACGGGCUCUGCGGCCGGGCCGGCCCCGCACCUCCCCGCGGCCAUGGGGGCGCUCGGCCUGGCCGUGCUGCGCCUCUCGCUGCUCGCCGCCGCCGCGCAGGCCGCCGGCCAGGUGUUUGGCGACAUGGACCAAGUGCGGAUGACGUCCGAGGGCUCCGACUGCCGCUGCAAGUGCAUCCUGCGGCCUCUCAGCAAGGAUGCCUGCAGCCGCAUCAAGGAUGGCAGCAUGCGGGUGGAGGAUUUCUACACGGUGGAGACAGUGAGCUCGGGGGCCGACUGCAAGUGCUCCUGCACGGCCCCGCCCUCCUCGCUCAACCCCUGCGAGAACGAGUGGAAGAUGGAGAAGCUGAAGAAGCAGGCGCCGGAGCUCUUCAAGCUGCAGUCCAUGGUUGACCUGCUGGAGGGAACGCUGUACAGCAUGGAUUUGAUGAAGGUCCAUUCAUACAUCAACAAAGUGGUCUCCCAGAUGAAUACUCUGGAGGAGACCAUCAAGACCAACCUGAGCAGGGAGAAUGACUUCAUGAAGGAGAGCGUCGUGCACCUGGCCAACCAGAUGAAGCGCUAUGAGAACUACUCCGACAUCAUGGUCAGCAUCAAGAAAGAGAUCUCCAACCUGGGCUACCAGCUGCUGCAGAAGGAUGCUGCUGCCGUCCCCGAGAGCAAGGCCCAGGACACGGCCAGGGGCAAAGGCAAGGAGGCGAGCAAGUAUCCCAGCGCCCGCAAGAGCCUGGGGGACAAGGCAGCUGUGAGAGCCCCCAAGGAGAAGCUGCCGAAAAUGGAGAAGCCCAAGAAGGAGGUUCUGAGGGUCAGACUGGGCGCAUCGCAGCCCACCCCCAAGCCCAAGCCCUCUGUCCACCAGCAGACAGUGAUCCGGGGCAUCACCUACUAUAAGGCUGCCAAGCAGGAGGAGGCCGAGGGCCUGGUCAGCAACCGAGAAAGCCCCGGGAAGGGGAGCCCUCGGAUGGACCGACCGGAGGAGAGGAACCCCGAGUCCUAUGCUGCUGCAGAGGCCCAGGGGAGAGUUGGCGAGCAGGCAGAGACCACCACCGCCCAGCCUCCCAGCACCACCCGGACCCCCAGCACCACCCGGACCCCCAGCACCACCACCCGGAGCCCACCGGUCACUGUCCUCUCCAUGGGGGACAAUGCUGAAGGCACCGAGGGGCUGGAAGCCACUAACCAAGUGAAAGAAGUGCAGUGUGAGGGCACCAUCGAGUCUGUGGAGCCCCCCGUGAAGCACCACAGCUACGGGCGUAACGAGGGGGCGUGGAUGAAGGACCCCGCGGCCAGAGACGACAGGAUCUACGUCACCAAUUACUACUAUGGCAACAACCUGGUGGAGUUCAGGAGCCUCGACAACUUUAAGCAAGGUCGUUGGAGCAACCUGUACAAGCUCCCUUACAACUGGAUCGGGACCGGCCACGUGGUCUACCAGGGGGCGUUUUACUACAACCGCGCCUUCACCAAGAACAUCAUCAAGUACGACCUGAAGCAGCGCUUCGUGGCUGCCUGGGCCCUGCUUCAUGACGUGAUGUACGAGGACACCACACCCUGGAAGUGGAGGGGCCACUCGGACAUCGACUUUGCAGUGGACGAGAGCGGACUGUGGGUCAUUUACCCCUCAGUGGACUAUGACUACUCCCAGCUGGAGGUGAUCGUCCUGAGCAAGCUGGACCCCAGCGACCUCUCCGUGAAGAAGGAAACCACCUGGAAGACGAGCCUCAAGCGCAAUUCCUAUGGGAACUGCUUCAUCGUCUGUGGCAUCCUGUAUGCCGUGGAUGUGUACAACCAGAAGGAUGGGCAGAUCUCCUAUGCCUACGACACCCACACGGAUACUGAGGCCAACCUCAAGCUGCCCUUCCUCAACGAGUACUCCUUCACCACGCAGAUCGACUACAACCCCAAGGAGAAGGUCCUCUAUGCCUGGGACAACGGCCACCAAGUGACCUACAGGCUGCACUUUGUGGUCUGAGCAGCGGGCCGUGUGUCUCGGCAUAUGUUGGUCCUACCCCAUUGAGCACUUCUAGCUGUGUGUCCAGGGGCAAGGCGCCUCCGUGUGCCUCACACCUCUUCUGUACUUGGGCUGCAAACAAAUCCACACACUCGCCCACCCACUGCCACGGACCUUUGACAGCCUUUGCGAGUCAGUCGUUGCCGGAAAACAGGCAAACUGGCCUGGUGCAGCCAGGCCUUGGCCAGGAUCAGUGCCUUGCAGGAGAAGACCUCGGUGCUGCCCCAGCACUGGAUCCAAAGAGCUCUCCAACCAGCCAAAUCUCAUUCCCCUCCUACAAUCAGCCUUAGCCAUUCUCCCUGGAUCCUCCAGAGCCAGGUGGUAGCUGGGGGAAGGUGCAAAUGGGAUCUCUCCCUAGGUUUCUAACACCAGCCAUUUGCUCAGCAUCUUGGGCUCAGCUUUCCACCCUUCUUGUCCAAGUCCAGUGCUAAAGUAUUGCGCCUGCAGAUUUUACAUGGUGGGUGGAGGUAACAGAGACGUCGUUUCCCUACAUUCCAGCCCUAGCUUGGAGGCUGGGGGAAGAAUUCCCCAUACACCCUCCACCAGAAGCACAGCCAUGGUGGUAUUAAUUCACUCAGUCCCCACAAAGCAUUGGAGCCAGUCUCCUCCAUCACCAACCGAUGGCUUUAAGCCCUUUUCAUUCAAUGGUCAGCGUGUUUCAGCCUCCUAGAUUCAUUCCUGAAAGUCACCUCAGCAUUUGCUGAAAUCGCUCGUCUCAUGUAACCACACCUAAGUGGCCAGGGGAUCUCUUUCUGUAAGUCCUGGUGCUGACACCAGGGAUAGGAACUUUGCUGGCAACUGGGUGCCAGUGCAUUUCCAGGCUGGUCCGCAUAAGGCAAGGUCUUAUUUAAAUGAUCAGCCAUCCGGCCGCUGAUCUAUGCUCUGCAUUGGCUCCUGUAAAUAGUGACC